CACACACACACACACACACACACACACACACGUCUUUUUAGCACCCGUGCGGCUCGGUGGUGUUGAGUCUCAGUGAUUCCACCUCCGCAUGGUCACCUCUGCGCCUUCAGGGCUCUAGAUUCUUAAACUCUGGACUUUUUAUUCUUUAGUUACUUUUAGGUCGGAGACAGAAAUAAACUUCCCGACUGAAUGACUGAGCGCGUGUCCUAACAAGUGCUUUAUAUUUAGCUGUUGGACUUUACACAGUGCGGAGAUACAGUAAGAGGGGAAGUAAGGCACAGGGAGAGGGAGAGAGAGAGAGAGAGAGAGAGAGAGAGAGAGAGAGAGAGAGAGAGAGAGAGAGAGAGAGAUUUUCAUUGGAAUAUUUGCUGCAACCGGUUCCAUAAAAGCAGAGGGCUGAGACCCGGAUGACAGACACUUCAGUGGUCAGUGAUGAAGUGAUGAGAACUGAUUUGAUGAACAGGAGGUCUCUGCGCUCCGGGGACGCGAGCGCGCGCACAGCACGUCCACCGGCACACGGCGCACAUUAGACUCCCGAGAACCUGGAAAGAGCCAGACAUACGUGCAACCCCACCCCACCCCCCACACACAUAUACACAUAAACACACACGCACACACUUGCUCUAUGAUGGAGGUCUCCAGCCAGUCAGCAGCAGAGGCAGCUGGAGAUCAUGCAACCAGCGUGUCGUUGAUGGCCACAGAGAGAGUGGACGUCCCGAGUCCAAGUCUGGUGUCCAAACAGCGCAGUCUGCGUGCUGUGUACGUCCUGAAUGAUGGGCUGAAGGCGGUGGCGGCGAACAGCCCUGAGUCUGGGGCAUUACAGUGUCUGCAGAGAGCGUGCGAUGCCGAGAGCGCCAUCCUCACCACCGUCACCUUCGGCAGGCUGGACUUCGGUGAGACGUCAGUGCUGGACACCUUCUACGACGCAGACAUUGCGGUGGUGGAUAUGAGUGAUGUGUUCCGCCAGCCGUCCCUCUUUUAUCAUCUGGGUGUUCGUGAGAGUUUUGACAUGGCCAACAACGUCAUCCUGUACCAUGACACUGACCCCGACACAGCACAGUCUCUGAAGGAUAUGGUGGCCCAGAAAAACACAGCUUCACGGCCCGUUACUCUGGGCUUCCCCUGGGUGCAGUUACCUCCUGAGUACCGAGGCUCGGGUCUGAGGAAUAAAGCCUCCAGUGGGAAUUAUUACUUCAUCCCAUACGUGAUGACGCCCAACAACGAGUACAUCUGCUGUGAGAACGUGGCCCAGCGGCGGGCGUCCGAGUACAUGCAGCCCAGCUGGGACAACCUGCUCGGACCUCUGUGCGUGCCGCUGGUGGACCGAUUCGCCAGCCUGCUGAAGGACAUCCACGUCACAUCCUGCGCUUCCUUUAAAGACACACUGCUGAAUGACAUCCGAAAAGCUCGAGACAAGUAUCAGGGCGAGGAACUGGCCAAGGAACUGUCUCGAAUCAAACUGCGCAUCGACAACACGGAGGUUCUGACGCAGGACAUUGUCAUGAAUCUGCUCUUCUCCUACAGAGACAUACAGGAUUAUGAUGCGAUGGUGAAACUGGUGCAGACACUGGAGAUGUUGCCUACUUGUGAUCUCGCAAACCAGCCUAUGAUUCAGUUCCACUAUGCCUUCGCCCUCAACAGGAGGAACAGUCCAGGUGACAGAGAGCAGGCUCUCCGUGUGAUGUUGCAGGUCCUUCAGUCAUGUGAUCAUCCCGCUCCAGACAUGUUCUGUCUCUGUGGUCGGAUCUAUAAGGACUUUUUUCUCGACUCAGAGUGUAAAGACACAAAAAGUCGUGAUAACGCCAUCCAGUGGUACAGGAAGGGAUUCGAGCUGCAGCCCACUCUCUACUCGGGCAUUAACCUGGCCGUGCUGCUCAUCGUCGCUGGACAGCAGUUCGAGAGCUCCAUCGAGCUUCGCAAGAUCGGAGUCAGGUUGAACAGUCUUCUUGGCAGGAAGGGGAGUUUGGAGAAGAUGAAUAAUUACUGGGACGUUGGUCAGUUCUUCACCGUUAGCAUGCUGGCUAAUGACAUCCCUAAAGCUGUUCAAGCUGCUGAGAAACUCUUCAAACUAAAACCUCCAAUCUGGUACUUGCGCUCCGUGGUGCAGAACCUGAAACUCAUCCAGCACUUUAAGAAGCAGAACAUGGAGCAUUCGGCUCAGAGAGAGAGACUCAACUUCUGGAUGGACAUCAUUGUAGAAGCCACACAGAGAACCACCAACAGCCUGCGCUUUCCGGUGUUGAUCCUGGAGCCCACUAAAGUUUAUCAGCCCUCGUACGUGUCCAUCAACAGCGAAGCAGAGGAGAAGAACGUCUCCAUAUGGCAUGUUUCUCCUGCAGAAACGAAAGGAAUCCACGAGUGGAACUUUACAGCCUCGUCUAUCAAAGGAAUCAGCAUCUCCAAAUUUGAUGAGCGUUGCUGUUUCCUGUACGUCCACGACAACUCAGAUGAUUUUCAGAUCUACUUCUCAACUGAGGAGCAGUGUGGCAGGUUCUGCUCCAUGGUGAAGGAGUUGAUCUCAGAUGGAUCAGGAAAUGCAGUGGAGCUGGAAGGAGAAGGAGACGGAGACACGCUCGAGUACGAGUACGACUACAACGAGAACGGGGACCGGGUGGUGCUGGGGCGGGGCACGUACGGAGUGGUGUACGCUGGGAGAGAUCUGAGCAACCAGGUGCGCAUUGCCAUUAAGGAGAUCCCCGAGAGGGACAGCAGGUACUCACAGCCGCUGCACGAGGAGAUCGCUCUGCACAAAUACCUCAAACACAGGAACAUCGUGCAGUACCUGGGCUCUGUCUCUGAGGAUGGAUACAUCAAGAUCUUUAUGGAGCAGGUUCCUGGGGGGAGUUUAUCAGCGCUGCUCCGGUCGAAGUGGGGUCCUCUGAAAGAAGCCACCAUCAUCUUCUACACACGUCAGAUCCUGGAAGGUCUGCGAUACCUGCAUGAAAAUCAGAUCGUCCAUCGAGACAUUAAGGGAGAUAACGUCUUGGUGAACACCUACAGCGGUGUGUUAAAGAUCUCAGACUUUGGCACGUCAAAGCGUUUGGCCGGAGUGAACCCCUGCACUGAGACCUUCACCGGGACUCUGCAGUACAUGGCACCUGAGAUUAUUGAUAAAGGUCCUCGAGGUUACGGAGCUCCAGCUGAUAUCUGGUCUCUCGGCUGCACCAUCAUAGAGAUGGCGACUGGAAAGCCUCCGUUUCACGAGCUGGGUGAGCCGCAGGCGGCCAUGUUUAAGGUCGGAAUGUUUAAAAUCCACCCUGAGAUUCCAGAAUCUCUUUCCCCUGAGGCCAAGUCCUUCAUCCUGCGCUGCUUCGAGCCUGAUCCAAGCAAGAGAGCGAUGGCUGGAGACCUGCUGAAGGACCAGUUCUUACGGCACAACAUCAAGGGCAAGAAGAACAAGAUCGCCUUUAAACCCUCAGUGUGGCAAGAUUAUAUCCGCAGUGUGUCGCUGCCUGUGCAGUUGCAGGCUGAAGCCACCGGGAGCAGCAGCAGUGAGCCGGGCUCCGUGUCUCCUGAUUGUGACUCCAAGCACGAUGUCUUCUUUAAGAAAGACAAACGCUCAGGCUCUGAGAACCUCAUCAAACCCGUAACAUCCAGCUUCCUCAGCGUUCCUGACGAAAGCCCGACUUCAGAGGACCGAAGCUCUCCGGCCUCGUCUGAGAACAGCGACUCGGGACUCUUCCUGCUGAAGAAAGACAGCGAGAGACGAGCGAUUCUCUACAAAGUGUUGAACGAGGACCAGGACAAGGUCACGUCCAACCUCCUGGAAAACCACAUACAGGGCAGCACGGAGGAGCUGAAGCUGUCUGUAGAUCACAUUAAGCAGAUCAUCUGCAUCCUGCGGGACUUCAUUCGUUCUCCGGAGCGCCGCGUCAUGGCCUCCACCAUCUCCAAGCUCAAACUGGACCUGGACUUUGACAGCACCUCCAUCAACCAGAUCCAGCUGGUUCUGUUCGGCUUCCAGGACUCGGUGAAUAAAGUUCUGAGGAACCAUCACAUUAAACCUCACUGGAUGUUCGCCAUGGACAACAUCAUCAGACGAGCUGUACAGGCUGCAGUCACCAUAUUAAUUCCAGAGCUGCAGACUCACUUUGGCCCGGCGUCUGAGAGCGAAGGAGCCGAGAAAGACGCUGACGAAGUGGACGUGGAGGAGGACGGAGACUUCUGUGCUGUGGAGAACGUCGCUCCAGAGGACACAGGCCUCACAUCAGGGGUCAGCACUCUCAGCUCCGUCAUUUCCCAUGAAUCCCAGCGGCCUCAGCAUCCGCUCGGUGCACAUCUCACACGCCUCAAACAGGAGACCGGCAGGCUCCUGGAGGAACUGGUGCAGAAGGAGAAGGAGUACCAGCAGGUUCUGAGGCAGAAUCUCCAGCAGAGAGCCCAAGACCUGGAGCUCUUCAGACUGAAGAACCAGCCUGCAGCUGCUCUGAAUAAUGGAAUUCUGUCCUCAGUAGAAACUCCUUCAUCCUCCAUCUUCCACAUGGCAGAAGAACCACAUGCAGAUACAGAGAUGACAGAGUGGUUGAAGCAGCAGGGGGUCGAUUUAGAUACCAUCCACAAGUUUGUGUCAGAGGAUUACACACUAAACGACAUUCUCGACGACGUCACCAAAGACGACCUACAGCACAUGAGGCUGAGAGGAGGUGUGUUGUGCCGUAUUUGGAAAGCCAUCCAGAGACACCGAACCCGAGAGCAGAGGAAGAUACAGAGUGAUGAUGAGACAUCUGAGGGAUGAGCAGGAGAUGUUUCCUUCUAAAGAACUUUAGAACUGACCUCAUGUUUUAAAACACACACAACCACAAACACGCACAUACACACAAUCUUUACACAGUCGGACCUGGAAACAUUCCGCCGCUGUGUUUAAUCAUCUCUCCACUGCUACCUUCUGUUUUCACCACUGAUUUGCAUACAAGAAUUUUCCUUUCUGCUGCUCAGCCUGAACUUUCCCAUGACGUCCCCCGGGGGAUUAAACAGUUCCUCUGUCCUACUGGGGGAAAAUCCAACCGCUCUCCUCUGGACGAAGUCUGUGUUUGUGCUUCAGUGUUGUUGUUGUUAAUGUUGUUGUUGUUAUCAGUAUUUUUCUGGGAUGUGAUUGGCUAUCACGUUGGUGCGUUCCUCACGCUCACUCUGACACUGCUGCGUGUUCGGAGACGUCACAUCGCUGCAGUUUAAAGUCCGAAUGCUGUAUUUAUUUAACAGUAACCUCGAAGAAUUUAGAAUUUUGAACGCAAGUAAAUAAAUCGAGCAGAAACAUGAA